CAACUUUUAGGGACGUGGCUGAAGACAUCGCUCAUUUCAGCACUAAGUUUGGCGGACAGCACCUCUCUCUCUCUCUCCCUCCCUAACUGGACAACUUUUAAAGCCCUUCUAACUCCUUUGCUUUCUAACCACUAAAACAAAAUAUGGAUCACACUUUUUCUGAGGAUACCUCAGUUUAUGAGAACUUCACAGAUGACUGGACAUCAGAUGGAGGGGAAACGGUGCAUUUCAUCAUUCGGUGCGUUAUCCCGUCGGUCUACAUACUUAUCAUAACGGUUGGUUUACUUGGCAACAUUACUCUGGUGAAAAUAUUCAUCACUACCAGCGCGAUGCGAAGUGUUCCAAACAUUUUCAUCUCCAGCCUGGCCGUGGGAGAUCUUUUGCUUUUGGUCACUUGUGUUCCAGUGGACGCGUUCAGGUAUUUCUAUGAGGAGUGGAUUUUUGGAACGGUGGCUUGCAAGAUGAUCCCGGUGAUCCAGCUCACCUCGGUCGGAGUCUCCGUAUUUACUCUCACGGCACUGAGCGCGGACAGACACAAAGCUAUUGUAAAUCCCAUGGACAUCCAGACCUCCAGCGCAGUGUUCUGGACCUGCUUGAAGGCUAUCACUAUAUGGGUUGUCUCAGUGCUGCUGGCUAUCCCUGAGGCGGUCUUCUCGCAGGUGGUUCAUAUGCCAGACAAGAACACGACGUUCACCGCUUGUGUGCCGUAUCCACUCUCCAACGAGAUGCAUCCCAAGAUUCACUCAAUUAUGAUAUUCCUCGUCUACUUCCUCAUCCCUCUGAGCAUUAUCUCUGUUUACUACUACCACAUCGCGAAGACGCUUAUCAAGAGUGCUCACGACAUGCCAGGUGAGAUUAGUGAGCACUCCAAAAGACAGACGGAAACGAGGAAGCGUCUAGCCAAGAUCGUUCUGGUGUUCGUGGGACUCUUCGCGCUGUGCUGGUUCCCCAACCACGUUCUCUACAUGUACCGCUCAUUCAACUAUCGGCAGAUCGACUCCUCGCUGUCACACCUCAUCAUCACGCUUGUGGCGCGCGUGUUGAGUUUCUCCAGCUCCUGCGUGAACCCGUUUGCCCUGUACUUGCUGAGCGAGAGCUUCCGAAGGCACUUCAACAACCAGCUGCUGUGCAGACAGCGCAAAUACCAAGAGCGCAACACCAGCUACCUCCAGAGCACCUCUGCUAUCCGCAUGACUUCCAUCAGGAAGAGUACACCUGCCGUCGCCAACGGACAUGGGCAAAAAACAGGAGCCUGCAUUUAGCAUCUUCUCUCCAAACCUGAGCAUAAGGGUUGUUGGUGACUCACGUUUAGGUUCAACUGAAGCGUUUAGUGACCCAGCUGGGUAAACGGGGCGAUUAUUGAAGCAGGGAAGACAGAAGGAUGACUAUUGUAAAUAUUGCAUGCAUGUUUUUCCAACAGUUGCUUGAGCCCAAGAAUAAAAUUUGCUUUAUUUUUGAAACAUUAUUCUUAUUGCAAACAGAAAUGAAGACUAAUUCUAUUUCUCCUCAACCAAAACACAAUUUCUGCCUGUAUAAAAUAUCAGAUCUGUACAAAAGAUUGGACUAAAGGUUUCCAUUAUUGUAUAAUGGCUGGUUUGCUUUUCAGCUCAAUCUUAUUUUAUUUAAAAUUCAACUUUAAUCGACGGAAAGUGCACUUAAUACAGUAAAUGAAUGUUUGGUAAAGCAGACAAGCGUAUUAUAGAGAUGCCACUGAAAUAAUUUACAUUGCCUAUCAUCUCUGUUUCUCAGACAAUGACAAUAUAUUCAAUUUAGGAGCAACGGGAGACACGGCUGUUCCCGUUGAAUGUUAAUGUCUACGAUGAUAGAUCAGACAGGUCGCACACUCAAGGGUAAACCGUGGUGAUUAGAUUAAUAUAUGCAUAAACAGAUUAGGAUUCAACAUGAAUAUAAAUUUCUCAGACACGUUCCUCCUUACCUUCCGAUAUAUGAGUCAUAGGAACGCCAAGAUCAUCGUAGCAGAUUGAUAUCAAUAACACAUGCUGUGUGUCAUUCUUAGAUUCACCAGCAAAUACUGUCAUCUUAAUCGCUGCAUUGCAGUACAUCAUUUUUAAAUCUUUCUGUCUGGAGUGCCUGGUGUCUAUAUCUAAUGGUGUGGAAUAAUCGUUAAGUCGUGAGGGGAAAAUAUUACCUAUAAAUGUUAGCUGCUGGGCAGGAACAGGCAGUGCACCUUCAAGCCACGUUUUAAGCCUUCAUGAGGUUCCUGAACCUGAAAAUAAAAGCAACAAAUCUUAAUGAUUUAGUGCCGUAAACAAGUUUAGAGAGUGUUUUGUGAUCUUGUGGAUCUUAAAAAAGUAAAGAUAAUUUAGUCACCCCCUGUCAUCCAAGAUGUUUGUGUCUUUCUUUCUUCAGUUGUAAAUAAAUUAUGUUUCUUGAUAUAGUAGACAUCUAUGGUGCCUGUGAGUUUGAACUUCCAAAAAUGUAGUUUAAAUGCAGCUUCAAAGGGCUUUAAACGAUCCCAGCCGAGAAAGAAGGGUCUUAUCUAGUGAAACAAUUGGUUAUUUUCUAAAAAAUGUACAAUUUAUAUAAUUUUUAACCUCAAAUGCUUAUCUUGUCUAGCUCUGUGUUGUGCAUGCUACCUCUGUGUAAUCCGGGUCAAUACAGUUAUAUAUACAGGGUAUAUCGAAAAACUUCCAUCUCAUUUUCUCCUCCAGCUUUAAAAUCAUCCUACACUCUUAAAAAUAAAGGUGCUUUAAAAGGUUCCUCAAGCAAUGGCCUAGAAGAACCAUUUUUGGUUCCACAAAGAACCAUUCAGUCAAAGGUUCUUUAAAGAACCAUCUCUUUCUUACCUUUUUGUAAUCUAAAGAACCUUCUUUCGUCACAAAGAACCUUUUGUAAAACAGAAAGGUUCUUCAGAUGUUUAAGGUUUUUUAUGGAACCAUUUAGACAAAAAAGGUUCCUCUAUGGCAUCGUGAAGCACCUUUAUUUUUAAGAGUGUACAUCGCUGUUUUACAUCACCUCUUUUGUAAAGGGUGUUUGACCUUCCUUGCAUGUUCACUUUGUAAACACUGGGUCAAUACUUCUGCAGCGAUGUAGGAUGAUUUUUAAGUUGGAGGAGAAAACAAGAUGGGAGUUUUUCGACAUACCCUAAAUGUAUUGAACCGGAUUACACAGACUACGCAUGCACAUCACAGCGCUAGACAAGACGAGCAUUCAAGGUUAAAAAGUACAUAAACUGUACUUUUUUUUAGAAGAUAACCUAUGUUUUUGCUAGAUGAGACCCUUCUUCCUCGGCUGAGAUCAUUUAGAGCUCUUUGAAGCUGCGUUUAAACUGCAUUUGGGAAGUUCAAACUUACAGGAACCUUAAGAAACAAAAUUUCUUUACAACUGAAGAAAGAAAGACACGAAAAUCUCAGAUGACAUGGGGGUGAGUACAUCAUCUGUAAAUAAUUUUUACAGAAGUGAACUUCUUCUUUAAGGUAAUAUUUUGGAAAAUUUGUACCUUACACAAGUCUUGUUAAAGCUGAAUCCUUGCACUUUUACUCAACACACACACACUUUCAUUUAGACCUUCAAAGUGCAUAUUUCACUGGUCAACAUAAUACAUUUUGGUCUCUUUCAAAGAUGUCAAAUCACAUUUCCAUGAAGUUUAAUUAACUUUUCCUCAAAACAAUGAAAUCCUUUUUAAUGCAAAAUGUAAUUAGUGAUAACUAAUUACAAUAAUUUGUCCUUGUAAAGAGACAUCUCAGAUCCCACAGCUCAGAAUCUCUGACCUAAAGCAAUGUGUUUUAAUUAUGUUGAAAAUUAACACAUUACGUGACACUUGAUUUAAGCCAAAUACAAUCAGCUUAAUUUUAUAACUAUUUAAAGUAAUGCAUUUCAAAAAGCUGGUGUCAAUUUAACAUCCCACUGAUGUUAAAAAAGACCACAGCUUGGGCAUCAAAAUUUCUUUAAUGAGAAAAUCUCAAACUUAGAGGAGUAGUUCACUUCCAAAACAAAAAUUCACAUAUAAUGUACUCACUCCCUUUAAUCCAAGAUGUUCAUGUCUGUCUUUCUUCAGUUGUAAAGAUUUUUUUUUUUUUUUUUGAGGGAAACAUUUCAGGAUUUCUUUAUUAGGAUUAAUAGGAUUACUUUUAUUAUUAUAUAUAUAUAUGGUGCCCCAGAGUUUGAACUUCCAAAAUGCAGUUUAAAUACUACUUUAAAGGGCCAAGGGUUUUAUCUAGCGAAAUGAUUGGUUAUUUUCUAAAAAAAAAAAAAGACAAUUUAUAUACCUUUUGACUGCAAACGCUCAUCUUGGUCAGGGUCGGCGUGAACUAUGUAUUCCUGCUUAUGACACUAAGGGUAUGUCGAAGAAGUUCCAAUUUCAAAAUCGUCCUACAUUCGUUUAGAGUCUUCUGAAGCUGCAUUUAUAUAUAUUCAUAUAUAUGCACCAUAUAUAUUCACUAUAUAGAGAGAAAUCCUGAAAUGCUUUCCUCAAAAAAUAAUUUUUUUAUGCCUGAAAAAUAACAUGAACAUCAUGGAUGACAAGGAGGUGAGUGCAUUUUCUGUACAUUUUUGUUCUCAAAAUGAGUACAAUUUAAGUACAAUUAAAUGUGGACACCGUUCGCUCAAGUAUGUUUCUUGACUUUUAAGUAAUAUUUUGACACAAUACCUAGUUUUUACACCCUGUGAGGUCUAAAUAUAUUAUAACACACAGAUAAAACAGAGUAGAACAUAAUAAAUAGCAUCCUUUAGCAUCACAAAGUGAAAAGACACAUCAAACUUACCUCCUCAAUCGAUUGUAACUGUUCCACGAAGCAGGAUCUAAAUGUAAUUUGGAAUGAUUGAUUAAACAGGCACCCUACCCAUUUCCCCAUCUACUUUAUUGGGAUUUCACUAUGGGAGUAAAUUAAACAUAUGGAUUGACCUAAACAGUGCUCUUUCAUUGAAUCAAGAGAAGUUCAACCAAAUUGGUUAACUAUAUCUUUAGAAACACAAGGAUGAUGCUAAUCCAUAAAAUAAGCAUUUUUAGCACUACAGAGCCACCCACAUUCAUUAAUUUGCUGUUUUCUGCUUAUAGUGGUUAUUGUCAGUUUGGAAGAUAUUCAAGCUGUAUUAUUUGCAUUCAUUUGGAUGUAAAUUGUAUGUAUCAUAGUCAUCAACAGGAAAACAAUAUCUGUUAUUGUAACACUUACAAUUUAUCAGGUAUUAUAUGAAUAUGACUCAACAUGGAGCUGCAAGGCCUCCUCUGCUCUUAAAUUGAAGCAUUAGUCAAGUGUUUCAUGUUGUUAUAGUUCAAUACACAGAUAUGUUUUCUACAAGUCUAGCUGAUGUAAUGCAGUAAUGACAAUUCAGUUGUGCAUGUUGACCACAACAAGAUUAUGGAAUCUUAAUCAAGAUCUUUUAAUUAAAAACAUCAAUAGGCAAAACCCGACUCAAUCAAGCUUGGAUAUAACGGUUUUGAUUAGACUCUACUUGAAUAAAACACAAAUGUAUUUACUUCAGAGCUUUCCAGUGAUUAAUUUAAGUGGUUUAUUUUGAAUUCAAGACUUCAAGAAAUUUUAAUCAUUAAUGUCCAACUCCAACAAAUGAUGAAAUGUCAGUUAUGCUUACAAUGUGCACGUUUCCUAACCAUUUCUUUUAAUAUCUGAAAAAAGAAUAAAAAAAAGUAACCUCAUCAAAAAAGAUUCUCAGUAUUUUACAAACAUGUUUAUUUUGGGACCAUACUUGAAUGCAUAUAUAUGAAUGAAUCCACCAUGUAAUGGUUCUAUGUGCUGAAAUAUUACUAGUUGGUUUUAUUGUAUGCGUUUACUGCAAAGUGAGUUUGUGAGUUUUUUAUUGUAUUAUUUGUGAGACAUAAAUUGUUCAGUAAUGUCAGUCAAGUGAUUAAAAUGCUAAGUUAUUAAAGACUCUACGAGAUAUUGGACUUCUACAAAUGCUUUAUGAUUCCUUGGAAGCUGUAAAACAAGUUUUAUUUAUUUACAGGCUAUAUUAACUUCCCCAAGCAACUGCAAUGCAAAUUUGGUCCGUUUUUAAAGACCAUAAUCUGUUCAUUCGCAGAUAAAGUUAACCUUAUUAUUCAUAGCCGCUGAAUGAAUCAUGAAGCAAAACAUUUGAAAGUCAGAUGUAAAGAAUUUUUAUGGCAUGUUUUAUCACUGUCUCCCAGAUUGGAAUUGCAUUUUCUUUUUAUUUGCCACAGAGCAAAAUAGAAAGGAAAUAUUUGUGUCAAUAACCGUAUAUCAAAUAUAAAUCGGUGAAAACACACAUAAAAGAGAGCGUUAUGCUGUAUUGCACUGGACUGGUGUUGAAAACCCUGAUAAGACAACAGUGCAGUUUUCCCAUAUAAUAAUGUUAAUUAUUCAUCAAAGCAUACUUGAGAAAACAAAAUGCUAAACUUUAGCAAAAAAGUAUUGUUAAUGACACUAAUAAAUGAUCAGAUUAUCAGAAUACUGAUGGUUUUCUCUCCCAUACAGCACUGCCUGACUGGACUAAUAUUUUAGGUCUUGCUCAUACAUUAUAGAAACUGUCCUUUAUGAAAUAGUAAUGAAAGUGUAUGAAAAGCUUCAUUCUAUAUGUACACAGUUUAAAGCACAAGGCUCAUCCUUGGAAAUAAAAUAACAUCUUGUGUUUUUCACUA